AUGAGCACCGACAAAAACGAGAAGAAGCCCCUUUAUCCUUCGUUGCCCCCUGUGGGCUGGACGGCCGGGGAGCCUACCGGGAACCCCACCUCUACCGGUGCCAGUUCAUCUCUGCUCGAAGCCGCGGACAUUGUUAGCGACCUGACGAAAAGCCUUCAUCAGAUGCUCAUCGACCCGAAGGACCCUAAAACCGGAGGGACGGCCACGGGAGAAACCGCGGCAGGAGCGAGUUCGUCGGGCUCGAGUGAGGAGGACUUCAAGUCUUCCUAUUUACGGACUGAUUCCGUAGCGUUGGAUCUCCAUAAGGAGACCGACAUCAGCAAAAUCCUUAAGGGGUGGCCCGAAAAGGAUUGCCCUAAAUUUACGGGUGCCGUCGGGGAGGACGCCAACGAUUGGUUAGUCACGAUGGGAGUUCUCUUAGGAGAUAGGCAGGCUCACCCAGCGUUGUGGCACGUUGCGGCGGGUCAGCGCUGUGAGAACUCCUUUGGGAUGGGUUGGCAGUCCUUGAGGGGGAAAUAA